AAAAGACAGCAGUUGCUACCUGAUCAUCCCGGCAGACGAAGAAAACAGCUAUCAUUGCUGGAGCUGAGGGAGGCUGCUGUCCUGUCUGUGGAACAAUGGAAAUACAGUACGUAUACGGAAGCUAUUAGCACUAUAAUUGCUGUCUGUCACUAUGACAACAAGCCGCUGCAGUCACCUGCCUGAGGUCUUACCAGACUGCACUAGCUCAGCACCCUCUGGAAAGACUGUGGAAGAUUGUAGCAGUCUUGUGAAUGGACAGCCACAGUAUGUCAUGCAAGUUUCAGCAAAAGACGGUCAGCUGCUGUCUACAGUAGUACGGACUCUAACCACACAGAGCACUUUCAAUGACCGGCCAAUGUGCAGAAUAUGCCAUGAAGGAAGUAACCAAGAAGAUCUCCUUUCUCCAUGUGAAUGUACUGGAACAUUAGGGACAAUACACCGCAGCUGCCUGGAGCACUGGCUUUCGUCGUCCAACACCAGCUACUGUGAACUCUGUCACUUCAGGUUCUCUGUGGAACGCAAGCCUAGACCAUUAGUAGAGUGGUUGCGGAAUCCCGGCCCCCAACAUGAGAAGAGAACUCUGUUUGGAGACAUGGUUUGCUUCCUAUUCAUAACCCCACUUGCUACCAUCUCUGGGUGGUUGUGUCUUCGAGGAGCUGUGGAUCAUCUGCACUUCAGUAGUCGCCUAGAAGCAGUUGGACUCAUUGCACUCACAGUUGCACUCUUUACAAUUUACCUCUUUUGGACACUUGUGUCAUUUAGAUACCACUGUAGAUUAUACAAUGAAUGGCGUCGGACCAAUCAGAGGGUUCUUCUGGUGAUCCCUAAAUCGAUCAAUUUACCUUCCAAUCAGCAGUCGUUGCUGGGCCUGCACUCUCUCAAACGGAAUUCUAAAGAGACGAUAGUGUGACAAUGGAUUCUGGGGGACUUGUCUGGCAGCCACCCGCACUGUAGCACUAUAACUCUCCCUCUUUUAUCACUUGGACUUCAUUCAGAGACUGUUAACCCCUAACAUCCUCAUUUCCUGGAGCAACAGAAUCUAGUUUUAAUUUAAGUGAUGAAUGCUGCAAUUAUGUAUUUGCUAACUUGCCAAACUUGUUCCUUUAGCCGGUGGCAUCCUGCAUACGAGUCUCUAAUACAGCAGCUAUUAACUCCUAUUUUGUUCUCUUAUGACAUUAAACGCGAGAAUACGCAAUUGUAUUUUAUUUUUUUUCCCAAGUCCUCUUUAUUACAAGGCAAGACGUAAAGAGUACCUAUCUCUUUAGGACAAUGGAGGCAGUCACUUAAUAACAGAAACGAAAAAUCACGCCAGUGUUAUACGUCACAUUGAUAAGAACAAAGGACAUCAUGGAAGCAUGGGGUGUUUUCAGCGUCAUACCUCGUCGCUUUUUGCCUACAAAAGAGCUGUCUCCAUUUUUUGUAAAGGGCGGGUAAAACUUUACACACGUGGAAGGCGUAGAAUUUAGCACAAUAUUUUUCUCCAGUGAUGUACUUACUUGGAAUUAUAAUAUGCAGUCAUUUUUAUUUUUAUUUUCUUCUGUUUUCAAGACAUUU